AGGGCCACGUAUCAAGAGGAGGGGAGAGGAGAGAAAAAAAAGCUGUGAAAGAAGGAGAAAAACUGAAAGUUAUGCUGCUGUAGACAUGGACCUACGCUCAGAGCUGCUCAAGUCCAUUUGGUAUGGAUUCACAGCCUUGGAUCUAGAGAAGAGUGGGAAAGUGUCAAAGUCUCAACUUAAGGUCCUAUCACAUAACUUGUGUACGGUUCUGUCCAUCCCUCACGACCCGGUGGCUCUGGAAGAACAUUUCAGGGAUGAUGACGAUGGACCGGUCUCCAGCCAGGGGUACAUGCCUUACCUCAACAAAUACAUACUGGACAAGGUUGAAGAGGGCUGUUUCGUGAAAGAACAGGUUGAUGAACUGUGCUGGACUCUCACUGCUAAGAAGAACUACAAACCGGCGAAGGACAAUAAGAACGUGUUGCCAGGGAAAGAUGCCUUUCAUCUCUGGAGUCUGUUUAACUUUCUGUCAGAGGAUAAAUACCCUCUCGUUAUGGUUCCUGAUGAGGUGGAAUAUCUCCUGAAGAAGAUUUGCAUGGCCAUGAGUGUUGAGCUCAACUGUGUGGAGCUGGAAGACUUCAUCUCCCAGGAUGCAGUGCGACAGAAUGGUUUCACUGUCUGGUCCUUCCUGGAGAUGAUGAACACUGGGAAGAUAACCAGAGGCAUGGGCCAGGAAAUCACCAGCAUGGCCAUAGAGGAGGUCUACAGGGAGAUAGUUGCUGAUGUCCUCAAAGAGGGGUACCUGUGGAAAAAGAGUCAGCUGAGGAGGAACUGGAAGGAGCGCUGGUUCACCCUGAGGCCGAUUACCCUGGAUUACUACACCAGUGAGGACCGCAAGGAGCGCCAGGGAAGCAUUGCUCUGGAUGGGAACUGCUGUGUGGAGGUGCUGCCAGACCGGGAUGGGAAGAGGUGUAUGUUCUGCCUGAAAACUCUGUCCAAGACCUACGAGAUGAGUGCCUCGGACACCAAGCAGAGACAGGAAUGGACUGCAGCCAUUCAGACAGCCAUCCGUCUACACACUGAAGGGAAGACCUCUCUCCACAAGGACCUGAAGCUGAAGAGGAGGGAGCAGAGGGAGCAGCGGGAGAAGAGGCGGCUGGCCAAGGAGGAGGAGCAGCAACGUUUCCAGGCUCUGCAGGAGGAGAAGGAGCGCAAGCUGGCCGAGCUGGAGCUCCUAAAGGAGGCGCAGAGGCAGGCCCAAGCCCUCCUGGAGCAGGACGAGAUGAGACGGCGCCAGCAUCAUGAGGAGAUGCAACAGGCCCUGGAGGUGCAGCUCCGCGAGGCAAAGGAGUCGCGGGCCACCAUGCAGGCAGAGAUGGUUCUGAAGGAGGAGGAGGCGGAGCGGCAGAGGAAGAGGAUCAAGGAGCUGGAGGAGAUGCAGACAAGUCUGGAGGAGGCUCUACAGCAGGAGAUCAAAGCUCGGCAGGACGAAGAGGUCUUUCGAUACGCACAGACUGGUUUGCUGUCUGAGGAGGAGGACAAGAUGAAGGCCCUGAUGGCGCUGCAAGAGGAGCAGGAGGAGUACAUCCUGAAGACCCAGAGGGAGAAGCAGGAGCUAAGGCAAGAGAUGGAGAACAAGUCCCGCGCUCUUGAGGAGGCCCAAAGGCAGCUGGAGGAGGUCAGGGCCAACCGCUACAGGGUCGACCAGGACGUUGUGGCUGCCCAGAGGAAGCUUCGCCAGGCCAGCACCAAUGUCAAACACUGGAAUGUUCAGAUGAACCGACUGAUGCGUCCUAUUGGACCAGGAGAGAAGAGACCAUCAGGGGGGGGCUCUUUCUCCAGCUUCCAGAUCCCAUCCCAGAGAGAUCCAGGUCUGCGUCUGAGACAGAGGUCUGAGGAGCCAGACGAGGAAAGCAAGGAAAACGUGGACAACAGCAGCAGUGCAGGGUCGGGGUGUGAAGGAGAGAGAGAAGAGAGGCGUCUCUCUCAGGCCUCUAACGGAGACAUGGACAUUCCCUGAGGAUCAUAUGGUGCUUCUCGUCAAAGCCUAACUCAUCAACUGUUUAUGUUGUUUGUGUUUUUUCUAAUGGAAAAGCAAGGUGGAGAACCUUUUAGUAUGAAAUCAUAUUUUUAGGUUAACUUCCUGUCAAUUGCUGGGUAGGAUAAAGGGAAAGUAAACACACUGUUCAAAUGUUUUCCCACAAACAUUUUUGUAAUUGUAUUAACUUUUUAGUAGUUUGUAUUAUUCUCUCACCUUUUCUCACAGUAUGUUAUAACAGAUCUCCAUGUUUUAAUGAAGAAUGAAAGAACCAUAAUGCACCACUAUGAAUUUUGUAGAUAUAUUUACUAAGUAGUUUGUAACCUCGUCCCCAGGCUCAAGUAAGCUGGCUGGCGGACCAGAUUAAAUGGUUUGGAAUCUAGUUUUUGCUCGCCUCUUUGUGUGUCUCCAUUAAAAGUAUUAUC